AUGAGCGUGCCCGGCCCGGCCACCAUCGAGGCUGGGGAGUGUCAGAGGGUUGCGUGUAUGCACAACAGUGGGAUUUCUUGGUGCAACUUGGGCAACUCGAGCUGGACCACCCCCACCGGCUUUUCCUGGAUUGCCCACGCGGCGAACGCCCUCCUGUACAACUGCGACUCGCUCUGGGACUAUGGAGAGUGGUGGUCUAUCGGAGGAACCCGCCACCACCCCGGCGUACAGAUUGAUGUCAUCGUCAAGAAUGUUGGAGUAGGAUUUCACUGUUAGUCGAGAAUGUAGUGUUGGAGAGCAAGUGGUUUUCGGGGACUUGACAAAUAGCCAUGCUUCUUUGGAUUUGUUAUCUCGG